CACGAAUUAAACAACCCCAAUCAAUUCACAUUACACCAAAAUAUCAGUCACUCCACCACUCCAAAUCAAUAUAUCCAAAACUGGAAACUUGCGGUCAAUACUUUUCGACGAUCACCACAGAGGAAGAGAGAAUCACGAAACAAGCUAUGGAGAUCCCCAUACUGUCCUUAUCUUCCAAGACGACGCCGUACUUGGGUUCCUGUUGCGUUUCUUCUUCCUCUUCUAACUCCAAUUUCAGGUUGCUGUGCGAGUUUGGGGCGAGGAAGAGGAGAAUGUCGGUACGGUGCGCAAAGGCGUCCGUGGAAAGGACUGGUGAAGCUGCGAUUAAAGAAAGAGAGAGCUUUACUGGAAGUGCCAUGGGAGUUACCACACUGGAUCAAAGCUUCGGUGAAGACUUUCCUGUUUGGGAUAAAAUUGGUGCUGUUGUUAGACUCAGCUAUGGAAUUGGGAUAUAUGGAGGAAUGGCUUUAGCUGGGAGGUUCAUAUGUUCAAUUACUGGAAUUGACUGCAUGGGAGGUUUUCACCCUUCAUUGGAUGCCAUUCUUGAAGGACUUGGUUAUGCAGCUCCUCCAAUCAUGGCCCUUCUUUUCAUAUUAGAUGAUGAAGUAGUGAAACUUUCUCCUCAUGCUCGUGCAAUAAGAGAUGUGGAGGAUGAGGAAUUAAGGAGCUUCUUUUAUGGAAUGUCACCUUGGCAGUUCAUACUUAUGGUCGCUGCAAGCUCAGUUGGAGAGGAGCUUUUCUAUAGGGCAGCUGUUCAGGGCGCAUUGGCUGAUAUAUUCCUUAGAGGCACUGAGUUGGUUUCGGAUGCCCGAGGAAUGGCAGCUUUGACUGGUGUACUACCUCCCUUUGUUCCAUUUGCUCAGGCAUUUGCAGCAGUAAUAACUGCUGCUCUUACCGGUUCUCUAUAUUAUGUGGCUGCCUCUCCGAAAGAUCCUACUUACGUAGUUGCACCAGUUCAACGAUCCGGUUCUGCUCGUGAAGAUAUGAAAAAGCUAUUCGCAGCCUGGUAUGAGAGGAGACAAAUGAAAAAGAUCUACUCUCCCCUUUUGGAAGGAAUAUUGGCCCUUUACCUUGGAUUUGAAUGGAUCGAGACAAACAACAUUCUUGCACCUAUUAUAACACAUGGUAUAUACUCCGCCGUUAUUCUGGGACAUGGUCUUUGGAAGAUACAUGACCACCGGAGAAGGCUACGCCAGAGGAUUCAACAGCUUAAAUCAGAAGGAAAGAACUCAACCAAACUAUGAAGGAAGCUGCUGAUGUGUAAAAAAAAUCAAGGCAUGGAGGAAUUUUGUAUAUCGCACACGAGUCUAGUGAAAAGUAGAAAUAAUAUAUGGAUUAAUACAUCAUUUAUAAUGUAUACUAACAGUGUGCCGAAGGAAAUUAGGGCACCCUGAAUGUAUUUACAAAAUAAUACCAGUUUUCUUUUUUUUUCAAAAGGAAGGAAGGUUUCUCCAAGUUGGCAUCUGCUAGCUAGUUCUGCCUUUUUUUUUUUCUUGUCUUGUUAUUGAAAACAAUUGUAGAAUGGUAAGUCAAGGAUCAAGCAUUAUACCAUGCCAUGAAAAUUACUUUGGUUUAAUUGUGAUGUAACGACAAAGGUAUUAUAAUUCAAUGCAUUUGUUCUGUU